AUGUUCUGCAACUGUGAUAACGCUAUUGACAUAGAUAUGGAUAUUCGAAAACUAAAAGAAGGCGAUAUUCUAAAAUACAAAUCCGGUUUCCUCGGUUCGAAAUGGAAGAAGAUGCACGCAGUGCUGUUCAGCGAUUCACGUUUUUGUUGGUUUGAGGAAAAAGGUGACAGGAAACCGAAAGGAAGCAUCCUUUUGAAGGAUGUUGUUCCUUAUAUUUGUGUGGGUUUAAUGACCGACCGAAUGCCGGUAAAACGUCCACAGGUACCGGAUGGAAGUUCCGUACAUCAUCUGGUCGGAAUUGGAAUGGAUCCGAAAGCAGAAACAGUCCAUUGGAUUCUGUUCUCUUCAGACAGCGAUAUUGAAUCAUGGUUUAAUGAGAUCACGAAAACGUUGCCCAAACCAAAUCCACCACCAGGAGGACAAAAUCCUGGAGCUCCUGCACCAGGUGGUGCUCCACCUGUCCAACCGGUGCAAUCAGGUGGAUAUGUGCCUCCACCAAAAUAUCCAGAUGCGCCGCCACCAGUUCAACCCGUUGCGGCCGGUGGAGGUGGUUAUCCACCACACUCCGGUGGAUAUCCACAACAACCUGGCAGUGGCGGAUAUCGUCCCCCACCUCAGCCAGCGGGCUAUGGCGGAUAUCAAGGAGGUGGUGGCUAUCCACAAGGAGGCUAUGGUGGUGGCAGUGGACCAUCCCACACAACCGUCAUUGUUCGAGACGGUGGUUACGGCGGAGGCGGCUCAGGAUUCGGUGGGACCGGAAUGGGAUUCGGAACUGGAAUGCUUGCUGGAAGUCUUCUCGGUUAUGGUCUAGGAUCGAUGUGGGGAGGACAUCACUCGUAUUUUCCAUCCUACGGAAUGGGUGGUUUUGGAGGAGGUUAUGGAAUGGGAGGUGGCUACUACUCAGACAAUGAUACAAACAUUACUAACAACUACUACAAUUAUGGAGAUGGCGGCAACGCGGAUCAUAACUCGACAGGAAAUGCCGGAGAGAUCGAACACGAUCACCAGCCGGAUCGCAAUGAUGGUUUGUCUAGUUUUAUUAUUUUGUAUUAA